AUGAUUAAAAAUAAAAAGAGAGAUGGAAAAGGCAACAAGGAUGAAUGGUUAAAAAUGAAAUGCAUGAGGUAUGAAAAGGCCAAUCCAGGAUGUAUUCUAUUUAAAUACAGAUCUUCAGAAACAGAGUUUCAUGUUCGAGUAGCUGGAAGACUGACAUCUACCGCUAUAGAUCUACAACCAACAUAUAAGUCUUUACCAAUUACAGAAAAAAACAUACACAGUUUGAUUAAACUCGUAACAAGUAACAUAAUUGCGCCUGAAUAUCACGAUUCGUACAAGUCUGUACCUGUACAUAAUAAAGCGCUUGAGAGAGUUCCAGAAUCAACAGUGUCAGAUUUAGAUAGCGAUUUGGAGAAGAAAGUUGUAUUUUCACCCAAGAUUCAACCUAUUCGUCUACCAAAACAAGGCCUUCACGUACCAACUGGAACACCAGUUAUUACUGCGGGUUGGGGAUAUACAAAUGGUGAUUCGGGAGGACCACUGGAGUUAAACGGUACAUUAAUUGGUAUCGUAUCCUGGGGAGACCAGUGUGGAAAGCCCGAUUCAUCUGGAGUUUAUACCAAAGUAUCAGACUUUGUAACAUGGAUAAACGAAAAGAUUAACAUUUAAUGGCUACAGAAAAUAUCUCUUUAUAAAAUAUUUAUACUUUUUGUGGAAGCAAUUUCAAUUAAAACAUUUUAAACAAUUAUAACAAACUAACUUUAAUAAAUAAAAAAUAUAUAUAAAAUUUUCAUGUAAAAAUAUUUGAAUAAAAAUAUGCUGCAU